AUGGCGACUUGUCAAGGAGCGAGUUGUUUCGGAAUGAUAUUUUCAAGUCUUAAUUAUGGAUUUUACAGACGUUUAAUUCCGCAAUCCUGUAAUAUUUUAGGAGGAGGUUUUUCUAAGGUAUCAGUUUCAUCUUACACGGUUUAUGUUUUUGUACUGUACACUGAACAAACGUUUGCAAAUAUUAAAAUAUAUAAGGGUACAAAUUGUCUGAAAUUGACAAAUUCUCCGACCUGAGUUAUCGAUUUUUCAUUUGAACCCCAGAAAUCUUCAUGCUCAAAUUAGUCUAUAACGAAAAUUUCAUGAUGAUUGAACAGAACAUUUAGGAAGUGAGUUACAGCAUUUUGUUUUUACUAUAGAAUAGAUUUGUUUUUCACUGCAUCAGAAAUUUCAUACAAAUGACAAAUCUAUAGCAAUAGAUCUCAACUGGGAUCGGAAAAUAAAAUUCAUAACAGUUGCCACUGUCAGGAAUUUUGAAACAGUAAUUUGUACCGGACAUCAUACAUACAAAUACUGAUAGCUGAUAAUUGGCUUGGAUUUUAAGACCCUCAUAUAUUACUAAUUAUUAUUGAUUAUAUUAUAUUAUCUAUGAUCAUAUUGAUUAUAUUAUCUAUGAUUAUUAUAUUAUCUAUGAUUAUAUUAUCUAUAUUAAAGAUUAUAUUAUUGAUUACAUUAUAUUAUCUAUGAUCAUCUAUGGUGUUCCUCCUUAGGUAAUAUUUACAGCUGAUAUUUCUUUACUUUCAGCAAGGAAUGUUGAACUCAUCUCGCUCGAUCACAUUGCUCACAAAGUUCAAUGUUGUUGACAACAGUAAACAGGGCCAACGAACGAAGAGAUAUAAGAAAGCAUAUGCAAUUGGUUUCUUUAAAAACAACAAACGACAAACAGCGGAUAUUGGCGAUGUCAUCAAAGUUGCGGUGCGGGGGCAAACAUGCAAUGCACUGAUCGUGGGGUCAAGAAAACCAAAAGGCAACAAUAUGGUACCAAGAUACGACAAUAAUAAUGUCGUCCUGCUCGAUGAAAAUUUGGCACCUCUUGGGACGAGAAUACGAGGACCGAUACCAAAUAUAUUACGCAAGCAAAGAGACAAGUAUUCUAAAGUUUUAGCUAUUGCAUCAAAGUUUACAUGACAAUGCAUUAUAUAUUAAUAUUAUGGUGGAUGUGUGUUAUCAAUUACUUUGUUAGAAGGAAUAGUUGCAGACCUUAAUUUUGCAGGGCACAAUCACUCCCAAGCGUUUACAUUGCGCAUCUUAGCGAGCUCAACUUGUGUUCUCAAAUUUUCUAUUCUAGCUAUCAAAGUGGGCUUCGUACAAAAUUGGAGGUCUGGUAUACCCGUAUACAUAUAUUUUACAAAUUGUAAAAUUUGCUAAUAAUUAUUAGGAAGAAAUAAAAGUUUAUAAGACACACUUGCUCGUAUGUUUCAUCCCUCAGGCUUAGGGACUGUUUAUAAGGAAGCCCACUUAGCAAGACAGCCCUGCAAGCAGGAUGAAAUUCUCUUGUGUUCAUAUGAGAAAAUUUCAUAUGUUCAUAGGAGACAAUUUUGUUGUUUUGACAUUAUUUUGACAGUUGUUAAAAAUAGCAUGCGGGGGGCAUCUUUAAACUUUGUCCAUAUAAACGCAAGGUAAUUUUUGCUAUAAAAAUAACUACUUGCUUACCGGGCUAUCUCGCUAACCGGCACAGCCCCGUUUCUAUAUAAACAGCCUCUUAGUGACCUUUGCAAUGUUCAGUGAAUUUUUAUUUCUUAGCAAUUAUCAUAAAGGCGCUAUAAUUAAGCGACCACCUGAUACAACUGUUCUUAGACAACCUUCGUUUCUCCAACGACUCUUUGCGCCGAGAAGUCUCUGAUUUUAAAAUUAUUAAAAUAUCAAACAUACAUCCUGGGCAUUAGUAAACGCUGAUUCGCAAACAGUGUACAAGAUAAGAUAGAUCCAGACUAUUUCACAUUGACAACUAGCUGCGCGCGAGAAAAACUUCUUUACGUUGGACAAUUGUAAACAAUGAUAGAUUUGUCAUCUGAUACGGAAACCACUUUCGUUCCACUUUGGUUGUAUUUUACGCACCAAACCU